UCAUGUGAUGUAAAUCGUCAGUUAAUUGUGAAAACCAGUUAAAACAAGAUGAUUCGAAAAUUGUUCUGCCUAUUAUUCAUUGCAACUAUAACGUUGGAGCUCUUAGCCCCAUGCGUAAAUGCAGCUAACGGUAAUGGAGGAAAGGUGAAAAAAGUCGCUAAGGCUAUGAAAGAGGGCGGUAAAGGUGCUGCAAAAUUAAUUGGUAAAUCAGGUAAGCAGGUCGGAAUCAGUGCGGCGAAAAUGGUUGGAUAUGGGCUCAACACAGCUGGAAGCGCUGUUGUCGCAGGUUUGGCGAUAGGCUGUUGUCCUGUAAAUGCCUGUUGUGGCGCGGGUCCUUCAAAAGCUACCGAAGCAGCAGUUCUCUCAACUGGUGCUACGGUAGCCAGUGCGGCACUAGCAGGUGCCAAUGCAAUCGACGUAGGCUUAGGAGCUGGUGUUACUGCUGGAGCGAUAAUAGGAGCCCCCUGUGUCUGUAGUUACGGAACAGCGAAAGCAAUGCAAAAAAUGAAGGCGGAAGAUGAGAGACUGGAAGCAGAAGAUGAAGAAAGACGAAAAAGAGAGAAGGAAUUACCAAGCCAGUAGUCACAUUACUUUGGUUUAUGCGAUCAGUAUUGCAUAUUCCACUCCAUUUGAUAAACAUAACAAAAAAUCUUUUUAAUAUUGUUUAACAAAUCAAGAAAUAAAAUUACAAAUCGUAAUAUGAAUAUGACAAAA